GCUGCUGGAGGAGGUGUUUCCACUCCAACAUGUGUGUGUGAGAGAGAGAGAGUGUGUGUGUUUGUGUAUGUGUGAAUGAGAGAUAUUGAGAAAGGGAUCACAGUACAUGCAGGGUGUUAGAGAAGCGCACAGAAUGACGAUGGGUUGACCUUUGGGAAAACAUCUCACCUCGAAAGAAACCUGGAGAACCUGGAAAUGGAAGCCACAAAGGUCCUCCAUUUUGUGCCAUCUGAAGCUCCGUCCACCGGGAGGUCCAAGAAUGGAUACGCUUUCCAAGAGAUGGAGCUGAAGGAUGGAGAGAAGGAGGAUUGUGAGGAUUCACCUGUUCAUCACAAGGACCACAUCUAUGACGAGAUGCAGAUUAGUGUGCCAGACACCGAAGGCCCUGGAUUUGGGCUUUUAAAUACAACAAGAAAAUAUGUGAAGCCAAUGGACUUCCAGGAGGAGGUGCGUGCCCACAGAGACCUGGACAGCUUCCUGUCCCAGGCCACCAUCCUUUUGGAUGAAAGCGCUGCCACUCUGGAUGCGGUCCUGAGGAGAAUGCUGACUCACAUGGCGGAGGAGGGACUCAGCGGCUGUGACGUGGACGAGGUCAUGAACUCGCUUUUCACAGAUGCGGGAGGAAAGGAGUUUAAUGUUCACCUUCUGUCAGAGACGAUUCAGGGCGUGACCUCGACUUCCACCGGAGUUCAGUACCAGCAUUCUUGGCUCUGCAUCCUCGCCAAUGUGCGGAGCCUGCAGAGACGCCACGUCUGCGUCACUCGCCUGGACCGGCCGCAGAACUGGGGGGCCAACUGCUGCGAGGCUCGCUAUGUCAUCCUUAUCCUGGCCCCGCCUAGAACGAAAAGCACCAAGACGGCCAUUGAACUGGGUCGAACAUUUGCCACGAUGUUCUCUGACAUUUCCUUCAGGCAGAAGCUUCUGGAGGCCCAAACCCAGGAGGACUUCAAACAGGAGCUGGUCUACCAGCGGCAGCAGCUCUCCGUGGUCAGCGAGAAGCCGGUCAUAGAGGAGGUGGAGGACUCAGAUCCUCGUAAAGGCAAAGCACUUAAGUUCACAGAUUUCCUCAAAGCUGGAAAAGGUAUCUACAACGACCUCCGCCGCAGACUCCCUCUCUACCCCUCAGACUUCACAGACGGUAUAACAGGGGAAGACCGCUCUUUGCUGAAGUACACCACCACUGCUAUAUUCCUCUACAUCGCCAUCCUCCUGCCCGCCAUUGCCUUUGGCUCGCUCAACGACGAAAGCACGCGAGGAGAGAUAGAUGUGCAGAAAACCAUAGUCGGGCAGAGCAUCGGCGGCAUCAUCUACGCUCUGUUGGCUGGUUCACCACUUGUCAUUCCACUCACCACUGCACCUCUGGCCAUUUUCAUAAGUGUCAUCAGGGGCAUCUGUGACGACUACGACCUUGACUUUGAUGCGUUCUACGCCUGCAUCGGACUGUGGAACAGUUUGUUCCUCAUCCUUGGCGGCUUAUUCAAUGUCAGCCUGGUGAUGAAACUCUUCAAACGCUCAACAGAGGAAGUUAUUGCAUUGUUCAUCUCCAUAGCGUUCGUUGGGGACGCGGUGAAAGGCACCGUCAAAAUUUUCCAGCACUUCUACCACGAGCCCAUCCUGGCGACCACCAACAGCACAGCGGUGCUUCAGCAGAUCAAUCACAUUCUUGAGAAGACAAAGAACCAGACGGAAAUCGCGCUUACGUCUCAUAACGAGACGGGUUCUCUGCUGGAACAUGCUGAAGGACACGCGUUAGUCUUCCUGCCCGAGUCUUUGGUGCUAUGCACACGAGAAAGGCCGAUCCUGUGCCUGCUGCUCAUGUUGGGGACCCUGUGGCUGGGUUACACCCUCUAUCUGAUCAAGCGGAGCCCGUAUCUGAACGCCAAAGUCAGAGAGGUGGUGUCCGACUGUGCUCUGCCCACCUCCGUGUUGAUAUGCUCCUUUAUUGGCUCCUACCUUUUCCUUGAUAUUCAGCUUCCCGUGUUCAGCGUCCACGACGGCCCCAUCUUCAACUUCCCUCCGUUUGAAAGGCUGACAGGACUGAACACACUGAGCGCAGUCGGACUGGGUUUUCUGCUCGCGUUGCUCAUCUUUAUCGACCAGAACAUCGUCAUCUCGCUCACGCACGUACCGGAACACAAGUUGCUAAAAGGCACAGCCUUUCACUGGGACCUGAUGCUGACUGGUUUCAUCAACAUCCUGAUGUCCUGUCUGGGGUUGCCAUGGAUGCACGCCGCCUUCCCACAUUCCUCCCUGCACGCCCGUCAGCUGGCCAAAGUGGAACAGCACGUGGAGAACGGACACCUCUACUCAACCAUCGUCAGCGUGAAGGAAACUCGCUUAACGGCGCUGACUGCCAACAUCUUGAUCGGCCUCUCCGCCUUCAUGCUGCCCAUUCCCCUGCAGUGGAUCCCCAAGCCCGUCCUCUACGGCCUCUUCCUCUACAUUGCAGCCACUUCACUUGAUGGCAACCAGAUGGUGGACCGCAUGGCUCUGCUGCUUAAGGAACAGACGUCGUAUCCUCCCACCCACUACAUCCGCCGGGUGCCACAAAGGAAGGUUCACUUCUUCACAGGCUUGCAGAUGAUCCAGCUUAUCGUCCUGUGUGUGUUCGGGAUGUAUCCCCUGCCCUACAUGAAGAUGGUCUUCCCACUUCUGAUGAUCCUGCUCGUCCCUGUCAGGACGAGCCUGCUCCCCAGAGUGAUCGACGCCAAGUACCUGGACAUCAUGGAUGCCCAGCACAUGUAGAACAACAACGCGGCAGCUUUGUGAUUAUUGUGUUUAAAAAGUGAACGAAAAUGCACGUCGACUGCAAGAUUUCAGCGCAAGAACACUGAACACUGAGGAUGGAAAUGAGAGCGGCGUCGAUGGUCAACACAAAGUUGCCCAACACUGGUUUCGCCGACUUUCAUGUGACAUUUGUUAUGAAGGAGAUUUUUCUGACUUCUGAGUCCUACACACACACACACUGUGGUAAUUGACAAGUGUCCAGUGAAUAUCAGACAUCUUUUGUUUGUACAUCUUUUGAUAAAACAUAAUUUAUUUCGAUUCAUUUAGGCACCGCGUUUAAAAGCUAGACACAUGUGACGAUGUGCGUUUGAUGUGGCAAAAAUUCUGAAUGUUUUUAUUUUUUCUUAUUUUAUAGCGACAUCAAAACAAACAUUUCACAGUUUGGAAACGUGCGAGCGAAUGCCGUGAAGUUUCACCUUUCAUUAAUGACACUAACUAACUCUAGUGUCAUUAGAUACAUGUUACAAUUAGAUGAGGGUGGUGCGAGGAGACAUGACGAGAUGAAAUAUGUGACGAUAAAUGUAACUGGAUUGCUGCGUUGGUAAUUAAUCAAAGUUGUGUGAAACAAAUAAAACCCCUGGAAGAGAA